AACAACUUUGCCCGAUUUUUUCAUCCUUUACUCCCUAAAAGACUUUUUGAAAACUUUUGUGCAUUCUAAAGCAUUACAAAGGGUCGAGAAUUCUAUCCAAAUGGAUAAUAUACCAACGUGGCAGCUCCACAUUGGUCGAUGCUAAACCUGCAAAUUGCAGCAACCAAUUACUGUAGUCCAGUACCUGGAAAACCAGAACCCUUUUUACGUUCAUCAACUACAUUAAUAUUUCCAAUUUCGAAUUGGCGGUCUGGAUAAGAGCAGGAAAUCAGUGGCAGAGAGAAGUCGGAAGCCAUGUCUACAUGCAACAUGAACAUGGCAUCAGCAGCAGCUGCUGGUUUUCUACCUGUUUCCGCUUCAAACACAACUGCAUCUUCAUCAAGAACAAGUGUCUCAUUCUUGAACUUCAAUAACCGCGGUUUGAGAAGGCACUUGGUAAUUGUAAGGGCAUCCGAAGAAGAGCCAGCGGCACCUGCAGCAGCAGCCACCACUACCACCGAUGCGCCGGCUGAAGGUGCUACAACCGAGGUCAAGGCCGCUAAGCCACCACCGAUUGGUCCCAAGAGGGGUUCUAAGGUGAGGAUUCUACGAAAGGAAUCAUAUUGGUAUAAAGGUGUUGGAUCAGUCGUAACUGUUGAUCAGGAUCCAAAGUCACGUUACCCUGUGGUGGUCCGAUUCAACAAAGUGAAUUAUGCAAACGUGUCCACCAAUAACUACGCAUUGGAUGAGAUUGAAGAAGUUGUGGACUAGGUGGCUUUUAAUGUUUUCUGAUGUUGCAUGCCUGCACAUAUAUAGGGCUCCAGAUGACAUCCUUCAUAGCCUUAUAUGUGCUCAAUAAACGUCUUAUGAAUAAUAGAUACAUAUCGAAUUAUUGGUGGUUGUUUACAUUGAGGAAAGAACAUUAAUAUAUACCAAUAGAAUAAUGUAAUACUUUAUAGAAGUGAAAAACAUGAAAUUUUGUUUAAAAACCAUUAAAACUAUUUCGUUUUCCUGCUAUUAAUCUCUAACAUAAACUUGUUGUGUUGGUUAAAAGUUGAAAGAGGUAUACAACAGCGUAUUGGUCUUCAAUCCAUAGCACCUCUAGGAAUUCUUCAGUUCUAGUAUAUGGUACAUAAUUUUAAACGAGAAUAUUCUUUCACCUAGAAAAUAUAAGUCAUAUCAAUUUUAUUAAUGGUUUAACUAAUUUUUUUUUGUUGUCACCAUGUUCUUGCCAAUCUCGCGCGUUGGACUAAUUAAGUACGCUAUGUUAUCUCUUCAAUCCUGGUGUAAUUUUUUUUGUCAAUUGAAGGUUUGUUACGUACUAUUUCCUGGAUUUGGUUGUCAUAUACUACAACUGAUAUAUUAAAGGAGCACAAAGUUCUGUGUUCUUAGUAAAACUCUUUGUUGUUGUUGCAAUAAUGAUGUACUGCAUCUAAAUUUUUGUCUAAUUCUUUUACGAUUAAUGUAGUCAGUUUGUGGAGUCUCAACAAUUCCUCUGAAAUAAAAUUUAGUAUUAGUUAGGGUUGAUAUCAACAACAUAACAUUGUAUAUAAUUCUCAAGGUUCACAUUUCAACAUAGCGCGUUUAACAUACUCUUAUGAACAAUGUAAAUUGUGUGUUCUUUUUUGGAUCUUAUCAACUUGCGCCUGGAUCAAAUCUCUAAUUUUGAGUUCUAAUUUGAACCAAUUAGUCAUCCCUUCAUUUACAUAAUAUGUCAUUUGACUUACUUUUAAGUCGUUUAUUUAACAAAACUCAAUAUUGACUCGAAGCUAAAACUUCUCGUAUAUCUAACUAUCGUGUUUUGUGAAAUUAAAGAAGUGUCGAAUUUAUAUUUCAUGCCCCUAGAUUUCAAAAAUGCCUUUUUUUUGAACUCAUAUGCAUGGGGGCUUACAGGGGGGAAAGUGAGCAGCUGCACACGGCCG